GAUGCCUGGAAGAAAGUGUGACACUGUCUCGCUACAUCAUAUGGCGCUGCUUGUUGGAGCCAAAUAUUUUUGACAAAUGAGAGGCCGAUCAGGCGAUGAUGAAUCGUGUGCUGACGCUGACCAUGGCGGCAACCGUCAACAGCCAGUAAUGCAAACAAGAAUUUUGAGCAUGGCUUUCUCGCUCCUCUUUUCUCAUUUCCCAAGCGCUCCAAUCAACUGAUUCAAUUCUUGGCAGCUCAGCCGAUUUUAAUCGAACGUUUUGCUUAGCAGUCGCACUGUAGCGCCAUGUGAGGCUUCGAUGCGGCCCGCUUCACUCGCCUCCAAAGGUUCGCAGUACAUCAAAGACUCCUUCCAGUCGCGCACGAAAGUGACCUCCGACGAGAGCAACGUCCAUGAGCCCGAGCUGGAUGAGUUCCUCGGUGCCUCCGUCUCCAUCGGGCAUACAGGCCAGACGGGCGGUGGUACGAAUGCGAAAAUGAUUCCAUCAGAGGAGGGCGGCGACGUUCGCUCGCAGCGACCUGGGACUGGGAGCGAUUCUUUUGAGGGAGAGGGCCGCUUCGGUGGUCAGGAAGAGAGGAAUAACGAAAAGCUUGUGGGGAAUCCGGGUGGAUUCGACGAAAAGCCGCAUGAGAUCGAUCAUAAAAGACACGUACAGCUUAACGAGCCUGUUCCCAAGACCGAGGACCAACAUCUUGAUCCAGAACAGGCAGGCACCGCUCGCUCGCAUACGGUCCAUUCGUAA